AUGGCCGUCGGCUUCUUCACCGGCAUGAAGCAUUCGCUCGUGUUCGCCAUCAUGAUGUUGGUGUUCCUCGGCGAGGUGUUCUUCAUGGUCAAAAAAUUUCUCCAAUGGCCCACGCAGAUCGAUACCGUCAUCUCAUAUUCGCAACUUCCAUUCCCCGCAGUAACGAUCUGUAACCUAAAUCCCUACAAGUAUACCGUCGUCAGCAACACGGCGAAUACACAAUUCGACCAGGUCCGUGCACUAAUAGCAGCGUCGGUGAACGCGAUGAAGGACAACUACCAGCAGAGCUAUAGCGGUGGCACGGAUCGUUGGGGAAUUCAGGCCCUAUGGGACCAACCGUACGAGCUGGAGACGACGAUCAAGGACUCGCUGAUCAUCGAGAUGGCCGCGUUGAGUGAUGCGGAACGACAAGCCGCCCUGUACGGCUACGACGAGCUGGUCACCGAGUGCACGUUCAACUCGAAAUCUUGCAGCGGCGUCGACUUCACGAGCUUCGUCGACCCGGUCUACGGCGCCUGCUACUCGUUCAACGGCGCCGGCUCCUCGGAUAACGCCACCUACCAGAGCUCUCGUGCCGGCAUGCGCUUCGGGUUGAAGCUGCUAAUGACUCCUACCCAAACCGAACCUUCCGGGCAGGCCGACGUUCUGCCGACUACGCAACUGUCCGGGGCCAGGGUUUCUGUACAUACGCAGGGAGCUUUCCCAUCCCUCGAAGGCUCGGCCAUCAGCGUCGGUGUCGGCUACUUGACUGCGGUCUCGAUUUCAAUGACAUCCACGAGCCGCAUGAAGAGCCCCUACGGAACGUGUGUCGAUCGAGAGCCGUCGAGUACAGACUAUUACCAACAGUACCUGUACUCCAUGGAGACGUGCUACUUGGGGUGCAAGCAGAGGUACAACGUCGAUAAGUGCAACUGUGCUCAUCCACGAUUUGCAUCCGGCUCGGGGCAGGCGAUUUGCGACUAUAAUGCAGUGGCCUGCAUCCAAACCCUGAAAGGAGAUCAACUCAGCGCCACCCAGAAGAAUAUUGACGCGAUGACGGAUUGCUCCUGUGCCCCGCCAUGCGAACAAACUGGCUUUGGUACCACGACUUCGCUGGCCGCCUUCCCUGCCCUCAGCUAUUACGUAGCUGCCGAUUCGUCAGCUGCAGAUGCGAUCGGCUCCUGCCAACCGGGCACCGCCCAAUUCGCCGGGACCGGCACGAAUGCGUCAAAAGCCGAGGAGUGCCGAGAGUGGUAUGCCCAGAAUUCGCUGCUCCUCCAGGUCUUCUACGACUCGCUCAACUACCAGCACUACCAGGAGAAUGCUAAUUAUGGUAUCUCACAAGUCCUCAAUGAUCUCGGUGGCCACGCUGGACUUUGGCUGGGAUUGUCGAUUAUUUCGGUUGUCGAGAUUUGCGGCCUCUUCUGCGUGCUUUGCCUGUACUGCUUCGGCGGCCGGAAGAAGCUCAUCGACCCGUCCAUGCUGAAUAGCGACCCGAGGAUGAGGGAUUUGGAUGACCUAAAACACGACCUCGACAAUAUGGAGGCCGACGAUAAGCACAAGGAGGCGCAGGCUGCGGAGCAAGCGGCAAAGGAGGCCAAGGAAGAAGCGGCGGCGGGAGCAGCAGCUAUGGCAGCGCCUAAA